AUGGGAAACCUACGAGAAUAUACAACGCAGGAGGUGGCUGCUCACAAGACCAGGGACGACUUGUGGCUGGUUGUCAAUGACAAAGUAUACGACGUCACCGAGUACGUGAGAGAUCAUCCUGGAGGGCCUGAUGUUCUCCUCGAUACAGCUGGCACUGAUGCGACCGAAGCAUACGAAGAAGUUGGGCAUUCAGAGGACGCGGACGAGAUUCUUCGGACAUACCUGAUCGGAACACUGAAGAAUGCCACGAAGCGUGUACGCCCCCAGCAAGUUCGAUUAAUCCAACCCACCGAACCAUCGCCUUCGACAGAAAAUCAGAAGACAGGGUCGAUCAAGUCCGUGGCGCUAGCAACGGUCUGCAUCAGCAGCGCAGCGAUCUCGCUAUACUUUGGUCGGCGCAUGUAUGCUUCAUGGCCGGGACUUUCGGGGCUUCAAGGCCUCUCGCAAUCAAUUCAACUGCCAGAAUUGCUGUUCCAAACAGGAAAUGGGGGCUUCUAUACCGGCUUCGCAGUUGCAAGCGGGAUUUCUAGCAUCAUCGGCUCAAUCGUCGCAAGCAAGUUGUCCGCAAUGACACGGAUCCAGUCAGGCUUCACAAAGUACCCACCGCACAUCAAGAGUCGCAGGGCCCCUCGGGUCAACCCUCACCUUCUUAGAGGAUUCCUUGAACCAAAGGAAUACAAGAGUCUGCCGCUCGUUCGCAAAGAAACACUUGCACCGAACGUCUACAAGUUCGUCUUCCAGCUGCCCAACCCACAAGACGUGAUUGGCCUUCCUAUUGGACAGCACGUAGCCAUCAGGGCAAACAUCGACGGAACGACAGUCUCAAGAUCAUACACGCCGACAUCAAAUAACCUAGACCGCGGUGUUCUGGAGCUAGUAAUCAAGUGCUACCCGGAUGGUCUGUUGACAGGGAAAUACCUCGCGAACCUGCAAGUCGGGGACAUGGUCGAAUUUCGCGGCCCUAAAGGAGCAAUGCGGUAUACCAAGGGUCUGUGCAAGAAGAUUGGAAUGAUCGCGGGCGGAACCGGAAUCACACCCAUGUAUCAACUGAUUCGGGCAAUCUGCGAGGAUCCCACUGAUACUACCGAGGUCAGCCUGAUCUACGCCAACCGCACAGAAGAGGACAUUCUGAUGCGAAAUGAACUGGAGGCAUUUGCGAGAAGUUAUCCCAAGAACCUCAAGAUCUGGUAUAUGCUGGAUACGCCGCCUGAAGAGUGGUCUUUUGGGACGGGGUUCGUAACUGCGGAGAUUAUGAGGGAACAAUUGCCAAUGUGCGACAAAGACACAAGAGUCAUGCUUUGCGGACCCCCCGGGAUGGUGAACGCUUGUAAGAAGGGCUUGGUGGCGUUGGGAUUUGAGGCUCCGGGGGCUGUUGCGAAGAUGGAUGACCAGAUCUUUUGCUUCUAA